AUGGGACUCUGGUUAAAUGACAUGCACGGUAAUAAUGGUAGAAACAGCACAAUCCUAAAAGUAACUUCGGAUAAGUGCAAUGUACAAAUUCAAGUCUAUCAACAACCACAGCAACAUGAAAGUCAACAUAAUCAGCAACAAGAAGAUAAACAGCAACCUCCAAAUAAUGAUGCAAAAUAUUUAGUCCAAGUGAUCCAAGUAAUUCAACGACCGGGAUCUCCCAAAAUAAAGGAACUUGAUACAUCAUCCUCAAUUGAUGACUCACGUCGUCGUCAUACCAAGACUACGACCACGACCACUAAAAAACAUACCACUAAAACUAAAACGACGACUGUCAUACACGAGAAAAAGUAUGACCUUAAUCCACUCGAUGAUGCCAUCACCGUGGAUGAGUUUUAUGAUAGUGAUUGUAGUAGUGAUUCGGAUUUAAGUGAUUUUGAAGAAAUGUUUAAAAGCAGAAGACCAAGAUAUUUCGAUUAUCCAUUCAGAAAAAAGGGAAAAAAGGAUAUUCAUAGUAGUUCAAAUUCUUUUUCGCUUCGACGCACAACAUCUUCACCGAUGAUGCGAAAAAUUUCCCUUGCCAUGCAAUCAUCGGCAACGGAUUCGGUAUAUCCUACGGACCCAGAGUCAAGAGAACCUCUCGUGUUCUCAACGCCGAGUCCAGAACCUAGCGUUCCAUUAUGGUCUGAACAAGUGGAUCCAGAUACUAAAAAAGGCAUGGAUCCAAUGGCGAUCUUGAGACAAGAAGUGAUUUUCGAAAUUAUCAGAACAGAAAAGGAGUUUGUCGAAGAUCUCAAAUAUUUGUUAGAGUAUUAUGCAUCGGCAAUACUUGAUUCUAAUGUUCAUGUCCCGAGAAGUUUAAUUCAGGCAUUUCACGUGCUUCCUGAAAUUUAUUACCUUCACAGAGAUACAUCUAGGCAAUUGUUAAAUCUCCAAGCGAUCUAUCCGGUGGUUCCAUCAAUUUCUCACGUCUUGAGCCAUUUGGCAUCUCAUUUUCGCGUCUAUGAUCGUUUCUUACACCAUCAUAAAGACGCAAUUAGUCAAAUAGCAAUUGCACGAAAAAAGACGAACAAGUUCGGCCAAUUGAUUGUUAUGCUUGAGGCAAAAACCAUGAAUUCCGGACGAUAUUGUUCUAUCGAAAGUUUAUUGACCAAGCCAAUUCAACGACUGUGCAAGUAUCCUUUGUUAGUCACGACCUUAAUGAGAGCCACUUCACCUGAAGACAAAGAUCACUCUCAACUUCGUUCAUUGUUCCAAAAGUUGGACGCCGCUAUCCGAGAGCUUCAUCAAGAACGAGAUAAUCGCGCAAAAAAAGAAUUGGAGCAAUUAAGUCGAAAACUAAGUUUGGGAUUCGGGUUCAUGUCAACUCCAUUUUCGGUAAGAACUUCAAGCAUGUCCUCCCGAAUCCAUAGUCAACAGCAACCGGAUUGCAACUUCAAAUUAAGUGAUGUGACGACACCUCUCUCGACAUCACUGCGAGCAAGUUGA